CAAUACUGGCAGUGAAUAUCGGAACGCAGCCUAGGCAGUACGCAGUAUAGGCUCUAGCGUAGGGCGCAAAAUUUGAAGGGGGCGCAAAAUUUAGAGGGUGCUAUGCAGCGAUGGCAGUUCACGCCAGCAGGGCUGCACGAACGAUGGAAGAUCUGUUGUAUCUCUCCUUUUCUGGGUAACGCUAAAAGCAGAAAAUUUUUAGUUUUUUGUCUUUUCAACUUUGCAUUGGGGUGCACGAUCGAUUUCCAGCGUAGGGGCGUCUAAGUCAGUCGUAACGACCCCGAAAAGAAAAAAAAAUGCGGGAGAAGGAAAGGAGAGACCGGCAUUGACAUCACGAUCGCGAAACGCGAACUCGAUUGACAGCAAUGACAGCAACAGUAUUCGCCGUUGCCUGAUCAGGCCUGAUGGCGCCAAUCCGCCCGAUCUGGUGGCGUGGUGCGUCUCUCACGUUUACGUAGCCAGAUCGUUCGAGAGCACUUCUCUGUUUAUUUAAAUAUACUGCCUCUUCGUUGACCUGUUUUUGUGAUAUCCACCCGCGUCCCCGAUCAUGUCCUUGACUCGCCGCUGUCAAUAUUUGUUCGGAAAUGUAUUGACAGAUUGAUCAUCGUUGUCACUGCGAGGGUAAAGAACAGGAUUCCGAGAUGUGGUUGACAACCGCUGAAUCAGCUAGUCUUGGUGCAGAAGAGGUAGCAGCUAGAUUACAUGUCGAUGUACGAACGGGACUCAGGUGGCAAGAGGCUGACCAUAGAAGACAAUUAACGGGUUUUAAUGAAUUCACUGUAAAGGAGGAAGAUCCACCAUGGAAGAAAUAUAUCGAACAAUUUAAGAAUCCAUUGAUUCUCCUCCUACUUGCCUCUGCAUUUGUUAGUAUAUGCAUGAAGCAAUUCGACGAUGCUGUCAGUAUUACUGUGGCUAUCAUAAUAGUGGUGACAGUUGCAUUUGUACAAGAAUACCGAUCAGAGAAAUCUUUAGAAGAAUUGAAUAAAUUGGUACCACCAAUAUGCCAUUGCUUGAGAGAGAGCCGUGUAGAAACAUUUCUCGCGCGUAAUUUAGUUCCUGGUGAUAUAGUGUAUUUAAAUAUUGGAGACAGAGUACCUGCUGAUAUCAGAAUAUUUGAAGCUAUAGAUCUGGCGAUUGACGAGAGUAGCUUUACUGGAGAGACUGAACCAGCGCAAAAGUCGACAGCCCCUUUGCUUAAAACUAAUGGGUUGACGUCAAAGAGAAAUAUCGCCUUUAUGGGCACUUUAGUGCGCUGUGGGAACGGCAAGGGAAUUGUAGUGAAUACGGGAGAAAAGAGUGAAUUUGGGGAGGUUUUCUCGAUGAUGCAGGCUGAGGAGGCACCAAAGACUCCACUACAGCGAAGCAUGGACAUUUUAGGUACUCAGCUGUCCUUCUAUUCCUUCUGCAUUAUUGGUAUUAUCAUGCUACUGGGCUGGAUCCAAGGUAAGGCUAUCCUUGAGAUGUUUACCAUUGGUGUAAGCUUGGCAGUAGCAGCUAUACCGGAAGGCCUACCUAUUGUUGUGACUGUAACAUUGGCGUUGGGGGUGAUGAGAAUGGUUAAGAGAAAAGCUAUUGUGAAGAAAUUACCAACCGUUGAGACUCUCGGCUGUGUAAAUGUGAUAUGUUCUGAUAAAACUGGUACGAUCACGAAGAAUGAGAUGACUGCUACGAUUCUCGUUACGUCGGAGGGUUACAUUGCAGAUGUUACUGGAGCAGGAUAUAACGACGUGGGAGAAGUACAUAUACGGAAGUGUGACAAUCCUGAUCUCGCACACUCCGCUAUCAGUAAUAUGUUGGAAGUAGGUUGCGUGUGUAAUAACGCUAUCAUACAGAAUGACAUUCUGUUGGGACAACCAACGGAAGGCGCUCUGAUAGCAGUGGCAAUGAAAUUUGGAAUGUACGGUGUCCCUGAUAGAUAUCUACGAUUGCAAGAAUAUCCAUUUUCUUCCGAGCAAAAGAUGAUGGCUGUGAAAUGUACGCCCAAGUUUGGCGAGAACAAAAAAGAAAUAUACUUUGUGAAAGGUGCUAUGGAGAAAAUCUUGCCGCAAUGUACAAAAUAUUACGAGAACGGUCAAGUGUAUCCCCUUAGUCAGAAGAAAGAUCAGGAAUUCUUAACAGAAGCGUAUGAUAUUGGUCAACAAGGAUUGAGAGUAAUUGGGCUGGCACGCGGCUCUUCAUUACAAGAUCUAAUUUACGUCGGUCUGGUUGGUAUCUGUGACCCACCAAGACCAUACGUGCGUGAAUCUAUUAGCAUUUUGAUAAACAGUGGUGUUAAAGUGAAGAUGGUAACUGGUGAUGCUAAGGAAACUGCAGCUGCGAUAGCUAGUAUGAUUGGUUUGGACACGCUUCAUAAUCGUUUACUAUCAGGAGAUGAGAUUGAUAUGAUGUCUGAGCAUCAGUUGGAACAGUGUAUUAAUAGUGUUAGUGUAUUUUACCGAGUAACACCAAAACACAAACUAUGUAUCGUAAAAGCUUUACAAAGGAACGGCAAUAUAGUUGGUAUGACAGGUGAUGGUGUAAACGAUGGAGUUGCGUUAAAAAAGGCUGAUAUAGGCAUUGCUAUGGGUAAAAACGGUACUGAUGUAUGCAAGGAGGCAGCCGAUAUGAUUUUGGUCGAUGACGAUUUUGGAACUAUUAUCGCGGCGAUCGAAGAGGGAAAGGGAAUCUUUCACAAUAUUCGCAAUUUUGUCAGAUUCCAAUUGAGUACCAGCAUAGCUGCGCUUUCUCUAAUCGCUCUUGCAACAUUGAUGAGUAUUCCGAAUCCUUUGAAUGCUAUGCAAAUAUUGUGGAUCAACAUCAUUAUGGAUGGGCCACCUGCUCAAAGUCUUGGAGUAGAACCGGUUGAUAAGGACGUUCUCAAACAAAAGCCACGAAAUACAAAGGAGCCAAUGAUUACGCGUCAUCUUAUAAUUAAUGUCUUAUUAUCUGCUAGCAUCAUUAUUCUUGGCACUUUAUGGGUGUAUAACAGAGAGAUGGUUAAUGGGAAUACUGCGAGAGAUACUACCAUGACAUUUACUUGCUUUGUAUUCUUCGACAUGUUCAAUGCUCUUAGUUGUAGGUCACAGACGAAAUCCAUAUUCACAAUCGGUCUGUGGAGUAAUAAAAUGUUCCUGGUAGCCGUAACGCUUUCUGUCAUCGGUCAAAUGUUCGUGAUCUACUUCCCUCCGUUGCAGAGAAUAUUUCAGACUGAAGCACUCACGGCAAAAGAUCUUCUAUUCCUGGCGGCGUUGACAUCGAGCGUCUUCGUCAUCAGUGAGGUAAAAAAAUUUAUCGAAAGGCAAUUGCAAAGACGUCGCGUCAAUGGCCAGUAUUAUAACAAGUUCGAAAUGGACUUUGUAUGACAGUUACAGUCUGCCGGCGAGAGCAAGGCGGACAAAGAUCAUAAUGAAUAAACGUAUCAAAUAUCGCUCGACGUCAAUAUGCAGUCGAUCGCGUUCAUUUAUAAUAAACACAUUACGUCUCACUAACUCACAUCUACUCGAUUGUGCUUGCGCGUUCGUAACUUCGUCACUUGUGCACCUCUAUUACAAAAUAGAAUAAUAUUCUUUCGACGACAAUUCUAGUGUAUCGAUUGCGCAGUGAUUGCAGUUUUUUUUACCAUUUAUAAACUGUCGAUUCUAUUUUUUCCAGCACAUUGUGCACGUAGAAAAAAAAACCGAAGGAAAACAUUUUGAUGUAGUAAGUUAUAUAGACUGUAUACUAUUAAACUAUAUUUCAUUAUUGUCCUUACAAUAAGACUAUAAAUCACCGUUUCAUAGAUGGUAGCAGUGCUACUGCACAUUCCAUGCACGUUUGAUAGACCAAUGACUUUUAAUAAUAUAUUCUACCUGUAAUAUAGUCUUAGAGACUGCAGUCCAAAGCAAUGUUUGCACUGAAUCAUCGUAAACAUUCUAUCUUACACCUUUUUCUAAAUAUUGUAACAGUUUUUAAGUCUCGUUCGACAAGUAUCAAUUUCACUAUCGUUCAUUCAUUGUCAGUCAACUCACGCUAGAGGAAGCGAAUCAUGCAGCAUUUUACCGAGUAAGAACCAUACAGAGAUAAACAUAUUGUAAUUACAACCAGUCACAAAUCGAUUGCAUUUAAGAAUACAGUUGUAAUAGGAUAAAUAAAUGAUCUUAUAAUGUUUCUUUUUAAUUUCACAAUUACGAAUGUACCCUUUUGUUGGCAGGAUAAUAUGUAACUUACACCAACGACAGAUGUUGCUGUUUUUUUGAAUAGUAUAAUGAUUUAUAUUCGAAUAAUAUAGUUCAAUUGUGUCAUUGAAAAGGUAUAUCCGUGUGUUGCAUAGAUAUAUUCGAAUUAUGUUUCAUGAGUAUAUUUAAUGAAUUAAUCAUAACAUGUUUGCAUAUGUUACGUUGUAUGUAUUAUAGAUAUUUUAUAUUCAAUUUUCUAAGAAUUUAAACAAAAUGAUUAAUGAAUCCCUUCAAGAACACUAAAUGUUUUAUAUUGGUACAAUUCCGGUCCACCAUAGCCGUAUAGCAGCUUUCCUUUGCCAUUUUCAUCGUAAUAAGGAUAGCGAUACUUUGGCCUACAAAGUAAAGAUGAAACUUACUUGACGCUUUUAAAUCAAGAUUUUCUUAGGAAAGUUGCUGCAUUAUAACAAUCGAAUUGUAGAGAUAUUUAUAUUACAAUAAAUAAUUUUUGUUUAUUUUUUGAUUCUACAAGUAAAUAUUGAGAUAGAUAUUUGUUUCACUUGCCGUUCAAAAUACUGAAAGUUAGGUGCUUGAGGUUCCGCGAGUACAGCUAUACUUUCAUCAAUUCGAACGAGGAAAAGGAUAGCGAAAGUUGUCAAUGUGAUCAUAGUCCGCCA